AAACUAUGUUUUAAGGUUCUAUGGCCCUUUUAAAAAAAGGGCAACUUUGAAACAACCACUGUUGUCCAAUGUUUACUUGGUAAAAAACGCAUUAGUCCCAGUUAUUUAUAAUUAAGCCAAUAGUAAUAAAGCAAUAAAUCACGUGACCAACGUUUUUCUUUAAAAAAAUAUGGCGGCGGCUAAUCUGAACAACCCUAAUGUCACAAAAAAACCUAAGAAAAAAGCAAUAAAUGGAAGAAAAAGAGAUUUUACUCGAGAUCUGAAAUUAAAAAGUCAUGUUAUAGGAAAACCAUGCAACUGUGUUAGUUUGAAGUGUUUUGAAGUUACAACCGAAGAUGACAGAAUAAAAGUUAUAUCAUAUUUCAACAACUUGAAAACAAAGGAUGAGCAGGAUUUGUAUAUUUCUUCACUUAUUUCUGUUCAUGGCAUUAAGCGUCGACGAAGCAGAAAUUUAAUAAUAAAACAAUCUAAAUUUCAUAGUUAUUCAUAUAAGUACCACUUGAACAUUGUUAGAGAUACGAGUUCCACAAAAAUUUGUGUGUGUAUCAAAGCAUUCAUAUCUAUGCUUGGUUUGACAGAAAAUCGUGUAAGACGAAUCAAAGAAUUUUUUUCAGUCACAGGUCUACCUCGUAAAGACAUGAGAGGACGUCAUAAAAACAGAAAGCAUGCUUUUUCUGCUGAAAACACUAAUAUGAUAGUGAACCAUAUCAAAUCAUUUCGAGGACAAUCUUCUCAUUAUGCUCGAACAAAAUCUACCAGACUUUACCUUCCAGAAGACUUAAAUAUUUUAAAAAUGUACUGCAUGUUUAAAGAAAAGUAUCCUUUAGAAAAGUGUUCCUACGAAAGUUAUCGUAAAAUUUUUAAUUCAAAGUUUAACAUUUCAUUUGGAUAUCCUCGAAAAGACACUUGCUCAUUUUGUGAUUUAACAAAGAAAAAGAUAACUGCAAUAGAUUGUCAAGUACCUAGUGACUCUGUUGCUGCAAAUGAUUUGUUAUAUAAGAAAAAUGCUUUAAAUGUAUCUCUUGAACUUCAUCAGAGAAAGGCUGAAAUGUUUUACCAAAGAAAAAGAAUUGCACGUUUACAAGCUCAGCAAACUUUGGAAUGUUCAGCAAUCUGCUUUGAUUUUCAAAAAAAUCUGAAAUGCCCAAACAUUUCAACUCAAGAUGUAUACUAUUCCAGGCAACUGUCAUUUUACUCUUUCAACAUUCAUAUUCUUUCUUCUCAAAAAGUAUAUUUUUAUUGCUAUGAUGAAACCAUUGGCAACAAAGGCUCAGAUGAUGUAUGUUCUAUGCUUCAUGAUUUUUUUACGUUUCAUUUACCUGAAAAUGUAAAGCAUAUCAAAUUGUUUUGUGAUUCCUGUGCAGGACAAAAUAAAAACUGGACAGUUUUGCGUUUCUUUUAUUAUCUAGUUCAUAAAGCAGAAAGAUUUGACAGCGUAACUCUUUCAUACCCUAUUAGAGGUCAUUCCUACAUGGAAUGUGACAGAGAUAUGGCUAUUAUUAAUCAAAAGUCUCCAGCAGAAACACCAGAAGAUUGGAGGAAUGUUUUUCGGGCAUCUCGAAAAAUACCAGAGCCUUUCAACAUUAUAAACAUGGCGCAAGAAAAGUUUUUGAAGUUUACAGAGUUUUUAAAGCCAUACUUUUUAGUUGUUUGUCCAUUUAAGACACGUCCCAUCAGAGAAGUUGAAAUAUCAAAGGCUCAUUCUAACCUAAUUAUGUAUAGGGAAAACUGGAGCGGUAUGUUUAGUCUUAUGCGUGUUACAUCCCUUAGGUCUGAAUCAUGUUCUCGUUCAAUAAGAGGGAAAAGAUUGACCCGAUCUAAACAUGUCUUUGAAGUGCCUGAUAAGCCGAAACAAGCAUAUAUAGACCGAUUGCCACUUUCUUGUGAAAAAUUCAAAGACUUACUAAAGCUAAAAAAAUUUGUUAGUGAACAAAACAAGUCUUUCUAUGAUCAGUUGCCAGUUGAUAACCUACUUGUCCAGGAUUCUGAACCAGAGCAAAUAUCUGACUCAGAGUAGGAGAAUGCAAAAAAUAAUAAUUAUUUAGAAAAAUGUAUUUCUGUAUGUUUAUAUAUAUAUUUUGUUGAAAAUAAAAAUAACGUUUAUUUUUAAUAAGGCUUCAUUUGGAACAGGGUGUUUAUCUGGGCUAUAGAAUUUCAAUAUUAUAAUACUAUAACUUUUUAAAAAGUUUUUAUAAAUGUGAUGAGUUAUUUGAUUUUAUUAUCUACUCCUAUCUACUUUUAAUCAAAUAAGUGCUCCAAAAGCUAUCAAGUUAAGGUAGUUUACAAGCUGCUGAAUUUACAACGGAAAAAUCACAGAUGUCCAAAUUGAGUGUC